UUUGAAGCAUUUUGGGGAGUAUAAAUGCCUUAUAUUCCUCUUCAUUGUUUUUCACAAUAAUAAGAAGAGAAAGAAGUCCUAAUUUGGCCUUCUUUCUCUCCAACAUCUUCCUCUCUCUCUUUUUAACUCCCUUAUAAACAUGGGUGGUUGCACUAGCAAGCCUAAAACCAUGGAGAAGGAAGCCGUCCUCGCCCCUACCUCUGUUCCCCUUCUUGUUGUUAAGGAGUCCAAGAAGACGAAGGAUGAUAAUGAAGCUAAUGAGAAGAAGGUUGAGGGUGAACCAACCAAAGAAGCAAUCCAGGACAAAAAGGAGAAGCCUAAAGAAGAAGACCACAAAGAAGGCGCCAAGGAUCAAGCAGCAUCGCCUGUCGCCACCACUGCCGCACCUGCGGUGGUCGAAGACAAAAAUGCCGCUGUCCAAGUAGCUGCUGUCGUGCCUAAGGAACUCACCGUCCAAGUAGCGGCUAUCGAGCAUAAGAAACCCGCCGUCGAGGCACCGGUAGCGGACGGUAAACCCGCCGUCGAGGCACCGGUGGAGGCGAAGAAGCCCGCCGUCGAGGCACCGGUGGAGGCGAAGAAGCCCGCCGUCGAGGCGCCGGUGGAGGCGAAGAAGCCCGCCGUCGAGGCGCCGGUAGAGGCGAAGAAACCCGCCGUCGAGGCACCGGUAGAGGCAAAGAAGCCCGCCUUCGAGGCACCGGUAACGGCCGAGAAACCCUCCGUCGAGGCACCGGUAGAGGCGAAGAAGCCCCCCGUCGAGACACCAGUAGAGGCGAAGAAGCCCCCCGUCGAGACACCAGUAGAGGCAAAGAAGCCCGCCGUCGAGGCACCAGUAGAGGCGGAGAAACCCACGAUUAAGGUACCGGGAGAGGCAAAGGAACCAAGCGUUGAGGCGGCAGCAUCAGCAGCAGUGGCAGCGGAACAAAAACAUUAGCAGGAAAAACACAAUGAAAAUCAUUGGAAUAUGUAACAUUUAAUUCAUUUCAUUUUAGAAAUUAUGAACGGCAAUGGCAAAUGCUUAUAAUUCUUUUAUUCCAUAACUUCCAUCCCACUAGUUUUUUCCCCCAAAUUAAAUUUUAUUUAUUAAUUUUUUUGCCACGUGGCCAUUAUUUAGCUUGGGACUCCGAUAACUUCAUUGAUAACCAUCAUUUCUAGUAUCGUAUGCUCAGAAACAAACGAACCGAAAGAUAAGAUCUGAAACGGGAGCGGCGAUGAAGAAAUCUACGGCGGCGACGACGGUGGCGAUUCUGUGCUUCAUCCUACUCUCUGCGGCAGCGACGACGGUUUCAGCCGACGCCGCAGACUGCAUCGACGGCUGCUUCACCGCCUGUGUCCAGAAAGACACGAGACUGAUGCAGCGUUGUGAGGGCAAGUGCAGGAUUAAAUGCGGUCCAGAUACUAAAUUUAAAGGCGAAGAUAUUAUGGCUUAAAAGCAACUGAGGAGAGAAAUAAAUAAGGAAAUAUAAUUAUAAAUUAACGUUUCUCGUGUCUUAAUAAUCAUUGUCGUGUUUGUAAACUCUAAAUUCUCGUCAGGAUUGUGUAAUGUUUUGUGUUUCUAAUUAAUAUGUUUUUAAGUCUGGUUUGAUAACUA